UAUCAGUACAAUAAGUGACUGUAUGUCUUACCUUAGAUGAUGACAACUACACUUCAGGCUUUUGUUCAGUCCCUGGAUCCCAAAACUCUACCCAGGGUGCUACAUAUACAAUCUGGAUUUUAUCAUGGAGGUUCCCAUUAUGAACUCUCUGGAAAUGAAUGCUCUCUUUCAACAGGAGAUGUUAUCAAAAUCACUGAAUUAAAAGUCAAGAAAGUCAUAGCAACUUACAAUGAAUACAGCAAGUUGCCUGCAGCAGAGUUUCCACCAGAUUUUCCAGGCUUGUUCUCAGUCAUGGCUGAUAAGAACCCAUAUCACUCCAUUGAAGAAAUCGUACAGGCCCUACCUAUUGGACCCUUUGGCAAUCCAAACCUCUAUAGCGACUCUGAGAUUCAUAUAGCAGACAUAACCAUCGACAAAGGCAAAACCAUCAUAUUCAACUCUGUGGAAGAAAUAAAUGGAGUCAAGUCAAUCAUAUGUAAAGUGACAAUAGAGGGAACAGAUCAUUCAUUUAGUCUACCUCUGUCCCAUACUGGAAAGUUUUAUGAGUGCCAGGAUGAAAGAAUUUAUACACUCAAAGAGAUUGUAGACUGGAAAAUCCCAAAGAACAGGGCCAGGACUGUAAUACUUAAAGAUAUCAUAGGCAAUUGCACGAGUCAAAAACUUUGCUACAGUGCUUUCAUUAAAGGAAUGAUGGUUGUAAAGCCUGUCUAUGAACUAAAGGUACUGACGCAAUAUGGAGAGUUUUUUAACCUCGCGUCAGAUCUAGAUGUGGAAGUUUUAGAUAUUACCCAACACUGUGAUUUAACACUCUUCACCCAAAUAUUAACUACUCAGGAUAUCUUUGAAAAAACAACCAAUGAAUUUCCACUAAUUGUAGAAAUUCUAGAAGGGCCAUUAAAACAUUGCAAAUCUUACAAAGCAUUAAGAUGUGGCAGAAGGAUCAUUGUUCACAAAAAGUAUCAAGCUGAUAGAAUUAUUGCCUCAGAGUCAAGAAGUGAUACUCCAAAGAGACAUUUUCUUAUUCCAUCCAGCUACACAGGAAAAUUUAAAAGGAGACCCCGCUUCUUCCCAACUGUCUUUGACCUUAAUAUCGCCAAGAGAGAAAUUACUGACCUAUAUGUGGUAGCAACAAAAUCGUUUCAUACAGUACAUACAGAAUUUUCAUCACUGAAUGUUGGAGACAUGUUGCAGGUAAAGAUGUUUAAGUCCUGUGAAGUCCUUUGUGAAGGACUAAAAACUAUUAUAGAUACCCUGGAAUGUAUAAAGACGAAUGAUGGAAACUCUGUGAAAGUCAUUCUUCCACUCUAUGUAGAAGGUGGCUUCAUGGAGAUUGUGCACGAUAGCAAACAAUACUCCCUAUCAGAACUUUGCAAUCAUUUUCAGCUACCUUUGAAUGUAAAGGUCUCAGUCAGGGACCUGUUUACAGUAGGAGAGGACAUUUUAGCCAACACAUCAGUAUUAAAACUGGAAGAGCACAUUACAGACUCAUACUUACUUGUUAGUUUAUAUGACAAACCUGAAGAUGUUUGGGAACUUCCAGUGUUUCGGCUAAAAAUGUCUUUUCUAGUUAUUAGUAAUUUUAAAGGCAAAGUAUUUUCUCUACCAACAAAAACUAACAUAGAAGAAAUUAAUGAAGAGGAAUAUUAUAUGGUGAGAAGAUAUGAAAACCAUGUUCAGCUCCCACCACCACGACCUCCAAAGACUCCAACAUAUAUAAGUAAAUCUGGACCAAAUAUUGCAAAACAGAUGCUCCCAAAGGAUGAAAAUGCUGAAGAAACAUUACAGUUAGAAAACAGACAGAAAGACAGUUUGCAAGCAUGUAAUGAACUGAGCACUAGCAGCACAACAACACUCAAAGGUGCGUAUUCUGUACAGUGAUGGUGAAUGGGGUUUUACAAAAGGCCACCCCCAAGUGGCAGAAAAAAAAUCUACACAGAUUUUGGGUCAUGUCUAGGACUAUGCGACUUGCCUAUUAUGUUGGGGAUCCUGCAGAAAAUUGCAAUUUAAUAUACAUUCGUUAAUGCCAUAGCCAUAUUAUGACAUUUUGCACAGAGCUGAAAUUUAGCUUCCACAGAGGUACGCAGGGCUUAUACUGUGCCUCCUUCAUUCAGACUUCCUUCAUUGAACCCUGUACAUACAAAGAUAUUCUCACCCAGAGCACCUGUGGUCGAGUCAUGUGCAGCAGUGCAUGGAGACCAUACAGCUUCCUUGGUGGCGUACAUGCAGACCGCAUCACUGGUAUAGAGAGAGCCCAGGAGGAGUGGGGGACCUGCACGGAACUUGCUGUUCUCUUCCCCACCUGAAAACAGUGCAUUUUCAAAUAGCCGCCACUAGGGGGAGCUUAAUGCAAAGGGAUUAUUACAGCUCCCAUGUAGUUGUAUUAAAUCCUCUUCACUGAGCUCCCCCUAGUGGUGGCUAGGUAGCUUUUUACACAACGUAUUUGAAGACAAUGCGUCAACUUUUACAUUUAGUACUUUAUAUUGACAUCCCCUCUAGCACUGAUUGCUGAGCUGUACAGUGCUUAAAGAUCGUAAUGAGUAAUUAAAGAUGUGAUGAUUUACUGAACAUGUGUGCUAUCAUCAGUUCUGCAUUACUGCUAAUUACUCCAUAUACUCAUAUAAUGUCUGUCUUUAAGUAUUUGCAUAAAACUAUUCUCCUUUCUCGUUCAUAAAUUUAAAAUGAAAAUGUAACAAUCUAAAGGUAAAAGAUUCUAUAAAAAGUAUUAAAAUACAUAAUCCCUGACUCAUAGAGCUGCAUCCAUUAUAUAUCUGAUUCAUAUAUAAGAAUAGGUCAUAUAUGAAAUCCAAUUAGAAAUUUGUAAUAAGAGGUGUCAUGUUGCUUAAAAAAAUAAAUUAGAUUUUAUGCCUAGGAUUCAAUUUCUGGCACCAGUAUUGAAUUGUUAAUUGACAUACAGUAUAUAUAAAUGUCUAUUUAAGUGUUCUUGCAUGGCAAGACCACUUACUGUUAUCUCACAUAUAUAUUCUUAUUUUAAAAAGUUCUUUUAACAAUGAGAAUUUUUUUCUAUCUAUCUAUCUAUCUAUCUAUCUAUCUAAAAGUAUAAAAGUAUAAGUUUAAAAGAGAAAUGUUCAAGCACAAAGGCAUUAGACUAUUUCCCAGUAGAUAAACAUGCAAAAAGGCAGCAUGCUCAGAAAAAACUAUGAAUUAAAAAAAAAAAUUAUUCACCCAUGUGGACGUGACCUUUCUGCUCAACAGUAGUGCUUGACAAAGGCAACGUUGCGUCCACAUGGGUUAAUUCAUUCCUUUUUCUGAGUGUGCUGCCUUUUUGCCUAUCUAUCUAUCUAUCUGUAAGAUCCUCACCUGUCUCGCACUCUGGUGUGACCAAAAAGGGUCCUCGAGCUGUGGGACAGGUUAAGCGUGUCUGCAUUGAUACACCAGCUCUGACCCCUUUGCGAGCCGAAGCGGGGAUGCGUCCGCAUGUGCGCCGGAGGGGAAGACCGCAUGGCUUUCGGGGACAGCUUGGCCGCGCUAGUGGCAGUACGCUGCGGCCGAGCUUGUCUCCGAUGUCUAUUGCGGAUUCCAUUCCGGUGUCCAUGUUGACGCGCUCGCUCACUCUCGCAGAGCCUGUCGUGCAUCCGCAUUUACAUUCAAAAACAGGUUCGCAAGUGAAUACACGGUCGAGCGCACUCGCUUCUUAUGCGCUUCGCCGACCAGCGAAGGGAAUAGCACCUGGCCACAAGUUCAAAGCAGAUUAGGGGGUCGGCAUUGGUCUAAUUGACUAAUGACCGACCAAAGCCUUGUACACAGGUGUAGGGCAGGAUCAUGACC